GGUCUUUUAGGCGUCAUUCUCACGGCUAAAUGAGUCAUUCGUGUUCUCUGAUUUUAGAGCUGGCAUCUCAACUCUGAAAGGUAAGACCAAUUUCGUUGAGAUAAACUAUUUUUACCCCUCUGUCGAAGAAUUUAAGAAGUAGGAAAUGGAGCGGUAAGUGUUCCAAAAAGUCAUACCAAUCACCGCGUGUAACUCAAUUUUGUGUGCUGUUCUAUGGAUUAUUUCUAUUUCGCUUGGGCGAUGUUCACUUAUACAAUGAGGUGCUGUUCGAGCAGCACACUAAAAUAUUCAGUUUACUUGAAUCAUUCCACAGCCGUAUAGUUUUUCAUAUAUAUACAUAAAUCAAUCAAAAAAUAGUUAUCCACUCUCCUCCCAGGUUCAACAGGGAGACGCAGUACCCUUAUGGUUAGUUCCCUGGACUCCAGUCUUGUGUUCUUGGGAAAAUCACUUUCCUCUCGAAGUCCCUCUCUCCAUCCAGAAGUAUAAAUGGGUACCGGCGAAUUAUCAGGGAAGCAUGAUGAAAUGCUUGGGGUAACCUUGCAAUGAAGUGGUAUUCCAUCCAGGGGGAAGUAGCAAUACUCUUAUUCGCUCCAUGUGAAGGAAACUGGUAUAUGCUGCGGGUGGGUGGGUGGGCCGGUGAGAAAAAUCCUCAAAUGGCGCCCACCAAUUCACUCUGCGAUCGAAAAAAAGAGAUUGUUGCGUAGCUUUACAUCCUGAUAAAAUAAGAUGCUACACAAUUACGCAUGUAUCGUCUUCACUUGCAUAUUUUGCGUUGGUCUGUGUAUUAAAGUCAAGUCUUUUCAUUUCAGUUAACAUGGCUUCCAGUGGUAAGAUUCUUCUGGCCCUUGUCCUUCUUCAAGUGGCACUGGUUUUGGCAAAGCCUUACGAUUCCCUUUACGAUGAACUUUUUCCCUCUUAUAGAGAGAUGCGGGAUGAGUAUUUCCACAGACGAGAAGGUAUUUCUAACAAUAUCUUGCUAUUUUUCCGAAGCAUUUGUGACAUAUCUUUAAUACAUCAAUUUAAUCGCAAAAAGUGACAAGAUUUGUUUUAAUGUUGAUUUAUCAGUUUUAUUACUGAGUCACACUAGUUUUCUUUUGUCAUCAAGUAAUACUUAGGCCCCAACAUCGAAGCCUGCCCCGCGAUUUCUUGAUAUUUUGAAGAAGAAACUAUUCUAUAACAAUAAAAUUUCAGUUGCGCCGGUAAACAACUGCUAGCUCCUGAUAAUUACACUAAGACAAUUGUUCUUCUCAGCCACACAGAAUAUUGAUUAUUUAACAAUCUCUCACAUACAACAGAUUUUUCAAGUUUUUCAACGCUGUAACCGGAAAACGCCAGAUAAAAAAUUUAUAGUUCAUUUCUAUGUCACGCAGUAUUAAUUUAGACCAUAUAAAUUUAACUCACUCAACAUUUUUGUUCCACAAACUGGUUAAAAAUUUACUGCUUUCAAGAACGUUUCAAUCAUGAAAAACAUUUGUAUUUCACUCUAAUCGGGCGAGGAAAAGGUCGCUUUCGCUAGUUGAUACAUUGAUUGUGGGACAUUUAGAAAAUUGUUUUUGUUCAUUGUGGUACUAUAAUUAUUUAGAUAUUCACAAUUAUUUUUCUAAGAAAUUCCAAAAACUUUAUUGAAUUCCGCAAACUCUUAGAGCUAUCUUAUCAGCAGUAAUGACAAUGGUAAAAGCGCCAAAGGUAAGGCAGUCGACUGAAAAACUUCUAACUGGAAAAAAGUAACGUUAUAUAUCAAUCUCCUCUCUUUCUAAAGUCAAUUGAAACACGUUGAUUUUCCUGUUCUUUUCUUCUUCAACCAAAGCCCAAGCAUGUUAUCCUGGCAGAUAUAUAGUGGGCUACUGCCGAGUGACGUGUAAUGGAGGGGAGCGAGCAUUCGAAGGGCCAGUGCAUGGAUGUACUGAAAGCCAAAAAUGCUGCGAGUGCAUGGGCUUAGGUACUUGGUAAGUUGUGCAUUUCAAAUAACAGUAAUUCUUUUUUGAGUAAAGGGUCGAAAGUUAUCCGGAAUUGCAAUGAUAUUCUGAAAUUUUUUUCACUCUUCGGCUCUUUAAUCGACCUUGAAAACACAAGCCAACCUCUCUAUUAAUUAGAUGCGACACUCAAAACAGACACGGUUUGUUCAUUCGUAUGCACUGUAUUCACUGCGCUUUAGGCAAUAUCAGUUCUUAGGAAUUACAAAGCAGGUGAAUCUUAUCAACUCUUUUGGCUGAGCCACGAUUAUUUCAAGCAACAAUUGCUUUUAAUAGCAGACUGUAGCACUAAAACAUUCGAUUUAACUUUAUCAUUUUUUUUGGAACAGGUAUUUGAUUGUCACUUGACAACACGUUCAAUUCUUGUCUAAGAAAAAGAAUAAAAAAGUAAAAAAAUUAUAUCGUGGUUACCGUCACUCAUCUCAGUAAUAUAUGUGGCCUCGCCUCCAAUAGGAGGAAAUAGCCACAAAAACUAAUGAUUCUAUUUUGCUAAACAGCCCUAAAUGUGACCAGUAAGACUAAAAAGUAUUAACACAUGGGUUUCUUUUUCUUUCUACAGCAAACCAUAAGCAGUGUGACCUACAUGUGCAGUACUUCAGUUCUGUCGACUUAAUAACUUUAGGCAUUUUAUUUGGAUUAUAUACGCGUACAUGACGACAAACUGAAAAAUAAAAGCUACCAUGCUAAUCAAACCCA